AUGCCACCACGCGCGCGUCCUCGCCAUCGACCCUUGACUGUUGCUACCGUCUGCGGAACCGCUUCGCUCAUCCUACCCACCGUCACACUCAUCCGCCUUUAUGUCGUCUCGCAGCUGCCCAUAUACUCCAUCCUCUACGCCGGAACGAUCAGCGGCGUCACCUUCCUCUUCUAUGGCUACGACAAGAUGCAGGCGCGUAAUCUGGAGUGGAGGGUGAAAGAGGUGACGUUGCACACACUGGCGGCGGUAGGGGGAUGGCCGGGUGCGCUGGUGGGCAUGCACUACUUCCAGCAUAAGACACGCAAGGUGAGAUUUCAGGUUGUGUUCUGGGGGAUCGUCCUAUGCUGGGAGGGUGUCGCCUGGUUGGUAUGGAGCGGUGGGAUACAGGUGGGAUGA